AUGAGUCUGCCAUUUUCUCUAGCAGCAAACGCUUCCAUCAUUGGAAGCCACAUUAGUGUGAGCAAAUCAAUUAGUAGAAGACUUGGUGUUAUAAGAGCACAAGUGACCUUGGUCCCCAAACCAACAAGGGAUAUCAUAUAUCCUCAGUUGUCAAAACAGGGAAUUCCUCUUGCUGAUCUGCACGUACAAGAUAUUGUAGAGAGGCAGACUCAGCCGGCCAAGUUCAUCUCCACCAUUCCUCCCAUAAAGCCGCAGUUCCGUCCUGGUUUUCUACAGGAAGCAUAUGAAAGUUGCAGAAAGAUCUGUGCAGAAUAUGCCAAGACCUUCUAUCUAGGAACUCUGUUGAUGACAGAAGAAAGACAGAGAGCUAUAUGGGCGAUUUAUGUUUGGUGCAGGAGGACAGAUGAAUUGGUUGAUGGUCCUAAUGCGGUCUAUAUGAGCUCUGCUGUUCUUGAUAGGUGGGAAGAGAGACUCCAUGACAUUUUCAGCGGACGCCCUUAUGACAUGCUUGAUGCUGCUCUGACCGACACUGUUUCCAUGUUUCCCUUGGACAUUAAGCCCUUCAGGGACAUGAUAGAAGGUAUGAAGAUGGAUACAAGGAAGAGCCGGUAUAAGAAUUUUGAAGAGCUAUAUCUUUACUGUUACUAUGUGGCUGGAACUGUGGGCCUGAUGAGUGUUCCAGUGAUGGGAAUUGCAGCAGAGUCUCUUCUCCCUGCUCAAACCAUAUAUGAUGCAGCAUUAUAUUUAGGUAUUGGGAAUCAACUGACAAACAUUCUCAGAGAUGUGGGAGAGGAUGCAUCAAGAGGUAGAGUUUACCUUCCCCAAGAUGAACUUGCCCAGUUCGGAUUAAGUGACAAGGAUAUUUUCUCAGGAACUGUCACUGAAGAAUGGAAGGUGUUCAUGAAACAUCAGAUAAACAGGGCAAGAUUCUACUUCAGCUUGGCAGAGGAAGGAGCUUCUCAGCUUGAGAAAGCCAGCCGUUGGCCGGUUUGGUCGUCGUUAAUAAUAUACGGGAAGAUCUUAGAUGCAAUCGAAGACAACGGAUAUAACAACUUGACGAGAAGAGCCUACGUAGGAAGAGCUAAGAAACUUAUGAUGUUGCCUCUGGCUUUCACCAGAUCUCUCUCAUUCUCUCACAAGGAUCAGCACUUACUCUCGCCCUUCCACAACAACCUUCAGUAA